AGUCCUGAUAGUGAUCCCACAGCCUAUUUUUUUUUUGUUAAAAGUUGUCCACUGCAAUCUGAAGAGGCAAAAUGAGAAUAAGACAGAUAAGUGUGUAUCAGCAAACUCAAGCUCUUCUGUGUAAGAAUUUUCUUAAGAAAUGGAGGAUGAAAAGAGAGAGUGCAUUGGAAUGGGGCCUCCCAAUACUGCUAGGACUGUAUGUGGGUCUGCUUUCAGGAGUCAGAGAAAAUGCCCAGUUACCUGAGAUACCUCCUCAAGAUCURGGAAGGAUAGACAAAUUUAAUAUCUCUUCUAUAAUAAUUGUGUAUAUGCCAAUCUCUAAUAUAACCCAGAAGAUAAUGAAUACAACAGCAUUUGCUCCCUUAAUGAAAGGAACAAGAAUCAUUGKGGUACCAGAUAAAAAAGACAUGGAUGAAGUACUUUUUGAGUAUUUCCCGCAUGCAAUGGGAAUCAUCUUUAGUGACACUUUCUCUUACAAGUUAAAAGUUUCUCGAAGAUAUGAUGUUCCAUUUUUGAGAGAUGAUUUAACAGAUCUCGAAGAUACUGAAGAGGAGUAUGAUGGGCAGAGGAAGCUGGAGCGAGAAUUGAUGAAAAUGAUGGGUCUACAUGAUUCAGCUUUCUGGUUGUCCUGGGGUUUAAUGUAUACCACCUUCAUCUUCAUCAUUUCCAUAUUCAUUACAAUUAUCAUAACAUCCACCCAAGUUAUACUCAUGACUGGCUUUAUGGUCAUAUUUACACUCUUAUUCUUAUAUGGCUUGUCUUURCUAGCUCUAUCAUUCCUGAUGAGCGUGCUGUUACAGAAAGCUGUCCUCACAAAUUUGUUUGUGUUUCUCCUCACCCUCUUUUGGGGGUUUAUGGGAUUCACUGCCUUCUAUAAACAACUUCCUCCAUCUGUACAGUGGAUUUUGAGUAUUUGUAGCCCUUUCGCCUUAAGAGCUGGAAUGACUCAGAUUCUUCAUAUGGAUUAUAACUUGAAUGGAGUAGUUUUCCCUGACUCCUCAGGAGAAUCAUAUACAAUGCUAGCAACAUUUUCUGUGUUGGCUUUUGAUGGUCUUAUCUACUUGAUGCUGGCACUGUACUUUGACAAAAUCUUACCCUAUGGAAAUGAGCACCGCUAUUCUCCAUUAUUUUUCCUGAGUUCAUCAUCUUGUUUCCGACACCGAAGGACUGAUAAUAUG